AGAAAUGACUAUUUAUCUACACUUGUGCUGUAAGGCUCAUGGCUUAUGGCUUACAUUGUCUGGUAAUUCAAUAGAAUGGGGUGGUGAUAAUAAACCAACUGGACUGCACAGUAAUCAAAUCAGACAGAAGAAAUGCCUAGCUUGAGAAAGAGAAUGUAUUGGCAGAAGAGUUUUGUACUGGUUGCCUUGGGCAGUGCUGAACGUGUUUUUUUUAGGUUAACUUCACUCCACAUGAAAAAUCCCUUUAGUUUGGAAAAUUGGAGGAGUCUGAAGGUGUACUUUAAAAUCCCAACGAUCCCAACGUAAGACGUAACUAAAUGGGCGGGGCCUGGCAUCUGUCACAUGCACAUGGUCACCUCCCUUUUGUUGGUGGCAACGCCCACUUCUCGCGCACAUGCGGUGGGGGCGGAUGGGUGAGUGUACUCUCGCGCACAGCCACUCCUCCAAGGGGCUGUUUGGAUGGAAGCGAAGAGAGCCUUACCCCACAAGCUACCCUUGAACAAUUAAACGGUGCUCCUAACACACAAUUGACGUUCAAACUAAAUGCAAAGGACACAUUUCUUCUUCGCAGGGGUGCAGACUGAGAAUUUGCUGUAAAUUGUAUCGUCUCGCUGUUUUAGGGGAAAGCCAGUGCGCGUUAAAGAAGUCUGAUGUUAUCUUUUGGCCGAGUAGUGUUUACAUAGAGGCUGCCAACGCCACGUUUUAGAAAGCUUGCAAACUUAAGCUUUAUUUCGCCAGCAGCUCGUACCACAUACAAAUCUAAGAGAAGAAGAAAACUACAGACUGGCCUUUCAUUUGGACGUACAGGACUAAAGUUAGAGGUUGACAGAGUGGCUCGGAGUGGGAACAGACAAACAACAAACCAGUCAUCCACCAACACCCGCAAGUCUGGAGGAGCAGCAUGCACGAGGGACACAUGCUCAUUGAGCCUUUGUUGCAGUAAAAGUUUGAUUUAUUUUAUCUUUAAAUAUGAGGUAUCGAUUGUAAACGUAUGUAUACGAAUUAAAUUAGAAUAUUGAUUCUUCAUUUAAAUCGGUAGCCUACAUUGUUGUUGAUUGUUUAAUGCUACUGAUUAUUAGGCAGUAUAGGCAAGUAUAGUGUUGUCAGCUUGACCCACUUCUAAACCGACAUGGAGGGUCAAGAUGACAAAGACAAUCUGUCCAAGACCGAUAAAAGAUUUGCUCUUUUGUACAUCGGCUGGUCGUCCCUGGACCGUCGGACUACCCUGCCAAUGCUGCCAUGGCUGGUGGCCGAAAUCCGAAGGAAAAGUGAGAAGAAUGAUUCUGGCCCCGGGCAGGCCAGGGAAGUUCAGUUAGUCCUCAUACCUCCGUUCAUUCGCUGUGUUCCGGCAAACAACGCCAACUCAUCCGUAUUCAUUUUCGAGCAUAAAGCACAAUACAUCUCCAGGUUCAUUCACAAUAGUAAUGACCUCACCUACUUCGCCUAUUUGAUCCGGAGCCAGCCCGACAACCCGGAGUCCGAGAUGGCCUGCCAUGUCUUUAAGGCGUACGACCCAAACCAGGUGCCGGAGGUGAUAAGCAGCGUCCGCCAGGUGUCCAAGUCGUCCCUGAAGGACGAGGCCAAGCCCAGGCAGGAGGCGGACGAGGCCUUCUACAACUCCCAGAAGUACGAGGUGCUCUACUGCGGAAAGGUGACGGUGGCCCACAAGAAGGCCCCUGCCACCCUCAUCGACGACUGCAUCGACAAGUUCCACCAGCACGAGGUAGAGCGCAAACGUGUGCUCAACGGCCAGCGGGGGUCCACGGACAGAGAGAGCGCCCCCUUGGAGUUCACCAUAGGCGGGGAGGGGGACCUGCUGUCCUCGCCCCUGUCCGAGGGGCCGGAGGAGCUGGACGACCUGGCAGGGGAGGAGCUGACCAACGGAGGUGGCAUGGGAGCUAAGGUCCUGUCCAACAGCCCCAGCCUGGGCAGUCUGAGAGGGACCGUCCCAGAAUGCAUCCUGGAGGACUCUGGGUUCGGGGAGCAGCAGGAGUUCAGAACGCGCUGCAGCAGUCUGGCGGGGAGCCUGCAAAGAAGGCCACGGGAAGGCGCCUUAAAGGUCCCGCCCACGCGGCGCAGACACGCUUCGGCACCCAAUCACGUCCAGCCGUCUGAUGCCGACAAGAACCGCACCAUGCUAUUCCAGGUGGGUCGUUUCGAGGUCAACCUCAUUAGUCCCGACACUAAGACCGUGGUGCUGGAGAAGAACUUCAAAGACAUCUCGUCCUGCUCCCAGGGCAUCAAGCAGACGGACCACUUUGGGUUCAUCUGCAGAGACGUGGUGGAGCCGGGGCCCAGUCAGUACUGCUGCUACAUCUUCCAGUGUGCCAGCGAAUCCCUGGUGGAUGAGGUGAUGCUGACCCUGAAGCAGGCCUUCUCCACUGCUGCCACCCUGCAGAGCAGCAAGACCCAGGUCCAGCUGUGUGAGGCGUGCCCCAUGCACAACCUGCAUAAGCUCUGCGAGCGCAUCGAAGGCCUCUACCCUCCCAGGGCUAAGCUAGCCAUCCAGAAAUAUCUCUCCCAGCUGACUGACAACGAGCAAGUAGACGCAUUUGAAAGAGUUCAGAGGAUGAAGCCAGCGUCUGACCAGGAAGAGAACGAGCUGGUGAUCCUGCACCUAAGACAGCUGUGUGGAACCAAACAGAAAUCCCACCUCCACAUCGGAGAGGCCCCGCAGAGCACUCCCAACAGCGCAGCAGUGGACAGCUCGGCUACGGGAGGGCGCUUCAAACUGGACGUUCUGAAGAACAAGGCCCGCAGCUCCCUCACCAGCUCCCUGGAGAACAUCUUUUCACGAGGUGCCAACCGGAUGCGAGGGCGUUUGGGCAGCAUGGGCAGCUUUGAGAGACAGGACGAAUCUCCCAGUGAUUCCCCGCCGGGCUCACCGACUGGUUUCCCUGACGAUGACCCAGAUGCCCCCCAGUUCCGUCGGCGGGCCCACACCUUCAGUCACCCACCGGUGAAGAAACGCAUUUCAUUCACAGAGGGCCAGUCCCAAGGCCAGGCGGGCAAGGCUCCACUCCGCAGACAGCAGUCGGUCAACCCUGAGCUACUGCAGAGCAGCCCUCGGCCGGUCUUGGCGAGAACGCGCAGCAUCUCAGAGUCCUCCUCCGAGUACUCCUUCAGCCUCCCCUCCUCCUUCUCCGCCCCCACUUUCCUGAAAAGCUUUUACCAGGGGUCCCUGGCCUCCCUGCCAGACAGUGGGACCCUCAAGAGUAAUGGGGAGGGCAGGAAGAGGACCCUGUCAGGCUGCAGCAGUGACAGUGUGAACGCUGCCACCCCCCUGAGCCCUCGCAGGGUCUCCUGGAGACAGAAGAUAUUCCUCCGGGUGGCCUCCCCCAUGAACAAAGGCUCUGCAUCCAUGCAGCACCCAGACCAUUGUGAGCUGCUGCCCCUCUCUCCCCUGGCCUUCAACCCUGCCCAGGACCCCGUGGCGGGGCCGGCGUUGGAGCGGCCCAAGCGGACCGGGUCGGACUACCGGGCCCUGUGGAAGAAGGCCAUCCACCAGCAGAUCCUGCUGCUCCGGAUGGAGACGGAGAACCAGCGUUUGGAGGCGAGCAAAGAUGAGCUGCACGUCCGUCAGAUGAAGUUGGACUACAAGGAAGUGGGCGAGUGUUCGACAGACGUGCAAGCCUUCUGGGACAAGAAGUUGAGCACCCCCGGUAGGAACAAGGUUCCCCUGGAUAAGAAGGAGGUGCACAAUGCCGUCGGCCAAGGCGUGUCCAAGGCCCGGCGUGGGGAGGUGUGGCUGCUGUUUUCCCAUCAGCGCCGACUCGCACACAGACUGCCCCCCCGCCAGCGGCCCCCAGACACGCCCUACCAGACGCUGCUCAAGCAGCUCACCGCCCAGCAGCACGCCAUCCUGGUCGAUCUGGGCCGGACCUUUCCCACCCACCAGUACUUCUCAACCCAGUUGGGGGCAGGCCAGCUGUCCCUUUACAACCUGCUGAAAGCCUACUCUCUCCUGGACACUGAGGUGGGCUACUGCCAGGGGAUCAGCUUUGUGGCAGGGGUGCUGCUGCUGCACAUGAGCGAGGACCAGGCGUUCGACAUGCUCAAGUUCCUCAUGUACGACCUGGGGUUCAGGCGCCAGUACAAACCGGACAUGGUGUCACUGCAGAUCCAGAUGUACCAGCUGUCCAGACUGCUGCAUGACUACCACAGGGAGCUCUACUGCCACCUGGAGGACCAUGAGAUCAGCCCCAGUCUCUACGCCGCCCCCUGGUUCCUCACACUCUUCGCCUCACAGUUCCCCCUCGGCUUUGUUGCACGCAUCUUCGACAUCCUGUUUGUCCAAGGCACAGAGGUCAUCUUUAAAGUAGCCCUGUGUCUGCUCAGUAGCCACGAGGGAGAAAUUGUGGAGUGUGACAACUUCGAAACCAUUGUGGACUACCUGAAAACUACAAUCCCCACCCUAACCCAUAGCCAAAUGGAGCAGACCAUUGCUAAGGUACUGGAGAUGGACAUCUCCAAGCAGCUGCACGCGUACGAGGUGGAGUACCACGUCCUGCAGGACGAGAUGGUGGACCCGGCGACCCCCCACGGAGACGACUCGGAGCGCCUGGACAGGCUGGAGAAGACCAGCACACAGCUGAAGAAGCAGAACAUGGAACUUCUGGAGAAACUGCAGGCCGCCAGACAGAAGAUCCAGAGCCUGGAGACCAACGUGGAGGGCUUCCUGGCCCGGGAGAGCAAGAUGAAGCACGUGAUCCGCUCCAUGGAGCAGGAGAAGGCGACUUUCCAGAAAACCAUCGAUAGGAUGAAGUCCUGCCUGCCUCCGGACGCCCUGGGAGACGUCGAAAUGACUUCCAUCAAGCCAGGGGCAAACGGCAAAGCCAAGCCCACCGCCGCCAGGCCCUGACGGGAGGAGGAGAGGGCGGAUGGGGCCUCGGUGAAGGCGGAGGCGAGACGGAGAGGGGAGAUGGUUAGGGACUGAGAGGAGGUCAGGGAGUCGCAGACUGAAACAGACAUGUCGUCAUGGACACGCUGGAUUUCUCCAUGGCGCUCUGCCGUCUUCUGUUGCUACGUGGUCUGGGAGUUGGCAGAAUGGACACCACUAGCUGCCUAGGGGCUAAACUAGGCACCACGAUUCAGGAGAACAAGAAGAAGAGGACUGUGAGCCUAUAGGGUUAGCCUGGGUUCCUUCACUGGAACAGCCCACUCCAUAUCGCUCUCUUAAUCUCAAUAUGGUGCAACAGGCUGACGUCGUUUUUUCGUUGUCUCUCCUUUUCUAUUUUCUCUAUUUGUCAAUAUACUUGAACGUGACAUGAAUCGUUUUCCCUCCGUAGAGCUUUGUGAGAUCGGCCUUGCUUGUCUGCGACGAGGCGGCAUGGAAGCACACGUAUGUGUGCAGCUUCACAUUCAAUGUUGGUCGUGAGACGCGUCUCUGCGCCUUCACACAGGUGCAUGUGUGCCUCUAACAUGCUGGAAAGGGAGCUGAUGAAUUACAGGUGUGUGAGAGAGGCAGACAUGCAGCCCUGGCUCGCGCCUUUUCGGGAGAACUACGUUUCACCCAGAGCCGAGGCAGGAUGUGAGGUCGUCGGCUUCCUGUGUGACUGACCGCGGUGUUGGCCCACAGUCAGACUGUGGAGGAGGUGGAAGCUGGUGAUGUCAUCAUGUCGAGACCCCCUCCAGGAGGAGGAAGAAGGCAGAGAAGUGAUCUGUUUUUGUAUUUCUGUGUGUGUAUGUGCCAGGGGUAUGUGCUUAUUGGAGAGAGACAGUGGAGGGGAGAUAGGGAGAGAAACCACACAGGAAACAUGGAAAACAUAAAAAAGUUGGAGAGCAAACGGACUUGGCUGUCUGUUUGGGUCCACUAGGCGCAUUACUCUCACACACACACACAUGCACACACACACACACACACACACACACACACACACACUGAACCUGCUGACCUAUCUAGUCAGACAUUUUCAUUGUGUUCCAGGAGGGUUUUUCAGUAGUCUUGUUGUUUCAUAGCAGAUCCAUGUCUGAGUCAUCAUCUCCGAAAGCUAGCCUCUCUUCCGACUGAAGAGAAAAGAAACGCUAAGGCCCAUUUCAGUUCUAGGUCAGUUCCAAUCGGUGUUGUUCCAAAACAAACAUAGCAAUCUGAAACUCUAAUGGAGUUAGCCAAAAAGUACAUACAUCCGGUUUUAGCAUGUCACUAGUUGGUGUUGUGUUUCCUUCACUGAGGACUUGGGGAAAACACUAUAGAUCCCUGAUUGGAUGCACACUGUCAUUUGAGGAUCUUCAAACAUGCUUUUCAGUCCAUUUAUUUGUAUAGUUACAACCAUUUGUUAUCAGUUCAAUACCCUCUGUUAUACUAAAAGCAGCCUGCAUAGACUGGAGUCAGGAACAAAGAAAGAAGGGGUCUUGAAUCCGUUUGAGGCCGAUGAAUCUGACCUGACAACCUCAGUCAAUGUCAAGCGGCUCUGUGACAAUCAAGGUGACACAGUAAAGGUUUGAGACCAACACCCACCUGCCUAAUAUCUGAAUGACGAGGUAUUUCUCCUUGUCAGCCACGUUAAGCACACCAUAUCAGGAAAGUCCUUUGUUGAAGUGUUUGAAAGACAGCUAGCAUACUGGGCUUUCACAUAAUCACUUUCUUUUUUUCCCCUUCUUCUUCUGCUCUUCUGGGUGUUCAACAUUGCUGUUCAAUUCUGGGGUGUUGCUUGUGGUUGGGUUUCUGCAUUUCUUUUUCUCCAAAGUACCCUCAAUCACCAUCGUCUGCUUGGUCACACCAAAGAUGUUACCCAGCUUUGUCCAUCAUUGAUGACAAUACUGUUAUUGAUGCAUUAUGUAUUGUGUUUUGUUUUAUUCAGUACCUUUCUUACUACUCAGUGUAAAAGCAUCCAUUUGCCUAAAUGUACAAGCUUUACCAGAUUCUAACAAGACCCACAAAAACAUCCGUCUUGACUGUCAUUCAGCUGCGCCCAGACUUAAGUCGUAAAAAUGGGUUUAUUGUAAAAACUAAGGUCAGACUCUUGACAAUUUAUACUUGAUUGUAUUCAGUACAAUUAAGUACAAUUAGAUUGUUGGUAAAGACAUCUUGGGAGAAUGGAUGGCGGGGGGAGUUUGUUACUUCUGUUCCAAAACUUAAGACUAUGGUGAGUGUGUGUACAUACAGGUUUUCAGUUUGUGCCAAAAGUCCAUCCCCCCCUCUCUUUGGCCCAGUUGGGACUGUUGCAGAACUGUAAAUAUGCCAUAGCAGUCAUCAGUUUAAAGGGGAAGUACUGUUUGAGGUGUACAAAUGGUCACUACUCAUCUCCUUUCCCUUUAAGAGUCUAUUGUAACAGUCUACAAUCACUGCCUGUCUGACUGUAUUGUUUAAAUCACUCCAAAAUGAAACACGCUGUUUGUAAAAAAAAAGAUACGAAAAAAAAAGGCAUUGAUGCUGUUCCAUCUUGAGACAAGCCUCCAUAAUAUUCAAAGAAACUGUCACAAGAAGAAAGUCAAUAAAGCCACACCUUUACUGCCUUUUCCA